UCGAUUCACUCGGGCGACGCUCCUUCACCGCGUUCACACGUGUGAUCAGUCCGAUGGCGUCGCGCAUGCGCAGAGCGGCUGGUGGGGAUUUCCAGUGUGUUGAAGCGUGAUCUCUCGUUCACAGUCCCCCUUCAAAGAUUGACCUUGAACCGGCUGCAGUUGGCGAACCCUGAGAUUGACCUUAUUUGAAGUGAAGACCGAGCCUUUUUUCCUUCUUAUCAGUCUGUUCUGUAGCCUUUAGGGCAUCUCCGCUAAUGAGGCACCAAGAGAUAGCGACCAGUCCAGACAUGAACCCUAGGCAAAGUGGCCUCUGAAAUUAAACCGGGAGGCAGCUCGUUCUGACAUCUCCUCUCCGCUUCUGCCAAGUUAUAUAUUUGGAGGAUGAUGGUGUCGUUCUGAUACGGACCCCGCUGGUGUGCCUGGCUGCCCGCGGCCACAGGGCUUCUGAAAUGGCCUGAGGAAGAUCCCGGGCUGGGGGAUGAACGAAGAGACAGUCGCAGCCUAAAGCGGCCCACUCCCACCAAAUGGAUGCCAAGCUUCGAGAGGACCUGUUCCGGAGGUAUGCGGCGUCCCUGGAGAAGCGGUUUGAGGACGGAGCCGGAGGUGAUGGAGGAGGAGGAGGAGGAGGUGGUGGUCAAGGCACCACAAGUGAGGAGGCUCUUAUCUCCACCGCUACAGCCCUGCUGGGGGCGUACCAGCCUGACCCCGGGCACCGAUUCCGCAUGAUCCGCUUCUACGACAUCGUGGAGAACUCGCUACGGGCGCUGAGGGGCGGCAACCUGCGCACCCUGGAGACCGCCUUCGCCACCCUGGAGACCGUGUGCACCAAUCUGCUGCUGUUUCCUUGGAAGAAGGAGUUCCGCUGCAUUAAGACCUUUACUGGACCUUACGUGUACCAUCUUCAGUCUGCGAUCUGCGACUCAGACCUGCGCUCCCUGCUCCGCUCCAUGGGCUACUCCCGAGACCAGGAGCUUCAGUACAUCUUCCGCGAGCACCCAGGGGGAUCUCAGCACCUGCGACAGCUGGCCUUCGAGCUGCUGCUGGCCCAGGCCGAGUGCCGUCUGCUGGGGGAGGUGGUGGCUUUGUCCAGGGGCACGGCUUCAGAGCUGGAGGCCGUGGAGGUGAGGAGGAGCACCAGGGAGGACGCGGCGGGGUGCGCCGACGCUCUCCGGAGGCGGGACAGCCUGACCGGUGACAUGACUCGCUUGUCCGUGCGGCCUUUGGAUCUGGACCGCGCCCAUUUGAGGCGGAGCGGUCGGCCGUCGAAAUCCGUGGACGUGACGGACAGCGCGGGGCACUGGCACCAAGCCAGCAAGCCUGUUCUAAAGACGUCGUUGAGUUUGCGAAAGGAGCCGCUGUUCGUGGACGCUGAGGAGGACCUAAAGGACGAAAUCAUCCGUCCCGGGACUUCGCUUCAUCCCGCAGCGGGUCCGCCUUCGCACAGUCCCGUGGCCGACUUCUAUCCUAUCCAGUCUCCUCCUUCCGAGCCUUACCCGUACCAUCUGUCCUCUCUGGACGAAAUUGAUCUGUACACAGAACGCGGCCUAGGAGGUCGCCAGACGCCUUCCAGGCCGCCGAGCCGCGAAGCCCGAGACGGCUGGGCGAUAAAAAGCCACGGGGUGAAGUGCCAAGGCUGUGGAUUGGGCUGCCCGACUCUGUCCUCUUGCCCAAGAUGCGACAUGAUCCUGUGUCAGUCCUGCCACGCCAUAGACCCGUCCCCGUGCUGCGGCUUUCAGGACUACCCAAAAACCUCCCGCCCUCUGGAUGGCUACAUGCCUGUGAAGGAGAAGCUAUCAGUUUACUCUAGCUCCGCCCACGCCCAUACCCACCCCCACCCUCAUCCGCACCCACAUCCGCACCCUCUGCCCCAUUCCCACUCCCAUUCCCCACUUCUGGACAAGCCAAUGAUCAGCGCCAAGCUGUUCCCCAGCAAGCCCUUGACCCUGAGCGCCCCCAGCCCCACCGGAGGCGAGCGCCUCAGCGCCAGCGGAUCGCGUUGCGGCUUCUGCAACAAGCCGGGGGCUUCUCACACCUGCAUAAAUUGUUCCAAGGUGUCAUGCGACUCGUGCAUGAGCCUGUACGCCAGCGACAUGUGCACGCGCAAGAGCCUGCACCACAACUUCGUGCCCAACCACCAGCUCAACUACAAAUCCAGCACCAUAACUCACCUGGUGUACCGAUAGGCAUCGAUUCGCUUGCCUGCGGAGGUCGAGUGCGGACUGACUGAGGGACAAACAGACAGACAGGCAUAUUUUCUCUUAAUCUAUCUCUUAAUCUAUCUAUCUCUCUAUUGCUCAUCUCUCAGAUGUUCGUUCAUAUCGACUCUGGAAUGCACCUGGAAUCUUCCUGGCUGAGCUAAGAGUCAUCUAAGUCGUCAUCUCUCCUCCGGUCCAUUUUGCUGCCUUGUAGAAAUUCAGGCUGUACUCUGUACUAAAUUUCUUUUCUUAUCUUUUUCUUUUUCUCUUCCUGCAGUUCCCUCCCUCCCUUUUUUCUCUCCGUCUCUCUCUCUCUCUCUCUCUCUCUCUCUCUCUCUGUUGUCCAGUCAUGUGAUCUUGUAGUUCUUCCCACUCUUUUAACCUGCCUUGACUUUAUUACGAUUGGAGAGAAGACAACGAAUAACAAGAAGAAGAACAAGACGUAAAGCUGGAACAAAUCCGUCCAAGCUUGAUCGAUGGCAGUGACUGGAACAAAGAAGAAGAAUAAAGAAGAAAAAAAUAACAUAUGCAACGUACAGGACUCUGUCCAUGCAGUUGUUCAUUCAAAGUGCAAAGACCUCUCUCUCUUUCUCUCUCUCUCUUAAUUUCUCUCUCUGGAAAUCAAUUGCGCACAGAGGACGUUUUCAAGCUUGAACAACUGAAAAACAAAGAGGAAAAAAAAAUAUACACUGGAAUUCAAUAGUAUAUAUUUUGAAUCAUAAUUCUAUAGAUCUGUGUGAGACUGUUCAAAGGGUGGGGUGGGUUUUUGGGGAACUAGGGUUGGUUUUUCUUCAGUGGUGAAAUUUGCAGCAGAAGUCCAAGUUGACGGUGAAGACACUAGAUCGAAUGCACAGAUGAGGAAAGAGCAACUUUCGCAGAGUAUCCCAUUAAGAGGCAAUUGAAGCGAGAUAAAUCAGACUGAGAUGUUUACACCCUGAUUGCAUUGAUUGGGUUACAGCGUAGCUCGCCCUGCAGUUGGCCAAUUUGCUGUCAGUAUUCCGUACAUCGCUUUCUCUUGUUGGUUUAUCUUUUUUCGCACACGUGAAAACAUGAAAAAUACGCCAGAAAAUACGCACUGCUUUGUGUUGCUUGGCAGUUCAGUCCGGGUUUUAGAAAUUGGGCUAUUGUACAUCUCUGUGCAGACAUAUUUAUGGUGCUUUUUCCACUGCAUGGUACAUAAACUACUCACAUUGCUCCAUUCCCACUCCGUUUCCCCACUUCUGAACAAGCCAAUGGUCAGUGCCAAGCUGUUCUCUAGCAAACCCUUUGACCGGAAGUGUCCUAGAAACAGUUGGAAGGGGUUAUGUGACUCAAAAAUGAUAAAACACAAGAAGUAACUACACAAUACUUUGCGUUCAUGGCAGUUCAGGCCAUUUAUGGCACUCGGAUUAGGAAAAAUAUACUACCUGGUACUCAAAACUGGGUGUUUUUCUAGUAUCUACUCCCUUCUGAUUCCUAGCAAGCAGACUAUGGACUAAAAUAUGACAUGUAAGCAUUGCACAGUCAGCUUUGCCAACUUUCAUAUAUCACCCCCCACCCCUACCCUCAUCCAAGCUGUUCCCCAGCAAGCCUUGACCCGGAGUGCCUCAGUCCCCACCGGAUGCCAGUGCCUCAGUGCCGUCAGGUACUAAAGCAGCUUCUGCUACAAGCUGGGGGCAAGGUGUCGUGCAGCUCGUAAUAAGCAACUAUUGUACUCAACCAUAUUUGCUUAUUUUGCUUGCAUGUGGUGCAGCUCGAGAUAAGCCGAAUAGGGACUUGAAGGGAAAUGUGAAGUGUAAAAGCUGGACACACUGCAAGCUGAAGCAAGUGCUCCAUAACAGAAAAUUAGUUUAUAUUAAAGACGAGACUAAUAUUUACGCUACAUUCACACAGCAGGUACAGGGGUUACACGAUGAAACUGAAACACCUGGUUUUAGAGCACAAUAAUUGAUUGUGGUGACGGACAGUUCUGGUGGAAACAGGAGAGUUGAGGUGCACAUUGAAUUCUGCGUGAUUUGAUCAGCCGUGGUUUUAUGUUUUUUGGAUACAAUCCGGGUUAGCACCCGAACAUCCCUUUCAGACAGCUUCCUCUUACAGCGUCCACAGUUAAUCCUGUUGGAUGUGGUUGGUGCUUCUUGGUGGUAUGCUGACAUUACCCUGGAUACCGUGGCUCUUGAUGCAUCACAAAGACUUGCUGUCUUGGUCACAGAUGCUCCAGCAAGACGUGCACCAACAAUUUGUCCUCUUUUGAACUCUGGUAUGUCUCCCAUAAUGUUAUAGUGUGCAUUGCAAUAUUUAGAGCAGAACUGUUCUCUUACCCUGCUAAUUGAACCUUCACUCUCUGCUCUUACUGGUGCAAUGUGCAAUUAAUGAAGAUUGACCACCAGGCUGCUCCAAUUUAGCUACUUAAAUAUCUGGUUUUGAAACCCAAUACAUAUCUGUUUUGUUGGAUCGUCUAAACAGCCAGAUCGGAAUUUAUUUUAUUUAUUUUACGGCAAAGUGAAAGCAGAAAACAACUGUGAGGAAAUGGGAAAAAUGGACUUGGACUUAGAUUAGACUAAAAAUACAGCUUGAUUUGGAAGAGCUGGUAGAGCUGCCACAUUUAAGGUGGGAAAAGUGAAUGCUAAGGCUUUAUUUUAUUUAUUUUUUGAUGGGGUGAGCGGCGGCGCUCACAACAUACCACAGACCCAAGUAGUAAUAGUCGAUUUUACCCAAUUUAAUUGAUUAGUUGCUGCAGUUCUGUGUGCGUUAUGACUCUCAAGAAGAUCUUGGUGACCUAUAUUUGCAGGCUUACCAGCUACAAUUCAGAACGAACCAAAAACCGAGUACCAAAAAGUGAGUUGGUAGAGAUGUGUACCAUGCAUUGGAGAAGCCUCAUUAGUUAUAACUCUGUGUUUAAAAAGCUUUUAAUUUGUGCAAAUUACUUCGUUAAUUUGUGUUUCGUUACUCUACGCUGUAACUCAAAUCAGUGUGUGAUCAGGGUGUAAGAAAGAAAGUAAGUCUAUUUCUAUAAUCGUGUUCAUCAAUCAGUGCCAGUCAUACAGUAUGUUCACAUUGUUUUUCUAGUUUUAACUCCAUUAUUAUUCCAUCCCCUGCUCUCAAACACACUCCACUUAUUUAUAUAUCCCAAUAUUCCCUGAGAUUCUUUGGAAUACCAAUCGGUUUACACGCAUUCAUAUUUCUCAAAAUGCCAUUUUCUGUUCUACACUGUAUUAUGGGAUUAAAUAAGUUGAGUUUCUGUUGUCUAGUGAGGGUCAGAGUUCAGUUCACAAAGCAGGUUUUCCCAGUUCGCCUGAUAAACCAAAGGAAUGCUUCAGUCAAAAUAGCUUAGCAUAGCAUUAGUUGUGCUAAUUUCUGUGAUUAUUGACCAUAAAAGUAAAAAAAUAAGACUCAUAACUUUGGGAACAUCGUAUUUUGAGCUAGGAUGGUGCAAGUAUUAAGAUUAUUUUAGUAUAUUUAUUAAAACUGCGAAGCUAUAAAACGGUAUAGAAGGUUUUACAGUACCAGUCAAAAGUUUGGACACCUUCUCAUUCAAUGCUUUUCUUUAUUUGUUGAUUAAUUUUAUUUUCUACAUUGUAGAUUAAUAUUAAAGACAUUAAAACAACUAAGGGACACAUAUGGAAUUAUGUAGUAAACAGUAUAAAAAAAAAAGUGUUUUUUAUCCUCCACAUUAAUCCCCUGAUCUAAACCUGAUGAACUGAGAUUAAGGUGAUUUGAGGUGAUUAGCAACUAUUGUUCAGCACCUCCAGGAACUCCUUCCUUCAAGACGCCUAGAAAACUAUUCCAGGUGACUCUCCCUCAUGAAGACACUGAGAUUAAAAUCUCACCAAGAGUCUGCAGAUCUGAACUCAAAGAUAAAUAUGAUGCUUAUUUAGAAGAAUCUAAAGUAUAAAACUGUACAUCUUCGCUGUCCAAUGAAAAACCCUCCAAAUCUCCAAAACAGCAACUUUACAGGAGAGAGAAAAAACCUUCUAAACUUUCAAUGGAAGUCAAUGUAAAAAGAGUUUAUUUCAGGUCAUUUUGAAGAGUUUCUAUUGGUCCGUUCAUCAAGAAAUUUUGGCACAGUGUAAGGGACAGUUUCUCUGUUUAAAUUAUGUAGUAAACUAAAAAUCGACAAAAAUGGAGUCUCUUUAAUAUUAAAUUUACAUUGUAAAAAAAAAAAAAAAAAUCAUAAAAAUGUGUCCAAACUUUUGAGUGGAAUUGUACAUACUGUACAAUAUGGACGGAAGUAUUGGGGAAGUAUUAAUAUCAAUAAUUUCCUAGUUUUAGUAUUGAUGUUCCCAGAGACAACAGCAGACCCAGGUCAAUUGAGUUUUUAUUUUUUAUUAAGUAAAAACUCUCUUUUUUUAUUAUAUUUUCAAUAUUCACAGCUUCUCAUACCUUUUAAAAAAACGUACUUUAGAGUUUUAAUGCUAAGAAUUAAGAUUAUAUAAAAAUGAUAUUUUCCAGCUUUAAUUACUGCAGGGUGGACAAUUUUAAAGAAAAUAGUUGGGAUAUUAGAUGGAAAUGUGUCUCUUUAACCUCAGUAUGGAGAAAAUAUGAGAAAUAUUAAGUGAAAUCGAUUAAUCAAUUAUUAAAUGCUGAACAUGCAGCAGUGAAAGUCUUCAGUCCCUUAAACAAAUAAAACAGUAUGAAGUUUGUCUCGUCGCUCAUGAUAUCAAAGGUUUCUAUAUUAAAGGGGCGGAGUUUGAGUAGUUUGGUAAAUAGCUAUUGGAUAGUUCUCAUUUUUAUCUCAUCCAGUGUCCUGAGAAAACCUGCUUUGUGAAAUGAGCCCAAAAUCCACUGAUUUAGAGUGUUUACUGUGCUGAACUCUGACCUUCUAAAGUCAGUGUAACCUUUAUAAUUUCAUUUCAUUUUCAUUUAUCAUGUUUUGAUCAUUGUGGCGAAAUUAGAAAAGUUGAAAAUUGGGUAUAAAACUGAAUUACUGUUUUUAAUAUUUUAGUCAUUAAUCUUCUAUAGUUCCAUUUUUUCCUCCAAACCUUUCCCAAACAGAAUUUCAGGAAUUUCUCCAUUUUAAAACUAGGGAUGUUCUGAUGUUGAAACAAUGUUGGUAUCUGAUAUUACAUAUAUUAUAUAUUAUCUGUUGAUGUUGACGCUGGUAUACAUAUACUGUAAUUUACAGAGAGACUAAACACCCCGGUAUAACUUUAGAACUUUUAAACUAAUAACAAUAAAUUAAAACUAUCUUAAAUCAGUGAUUUUAAAGUAGAAUGACCAAUGUUGGCCAAUUUAUAGUAGUGCAGCUUGGUUCUUUUCCAGCAUACAUUAAAUAUAUCGAAAAGUAUUGGCUGAAAACACCAGUAGAUACUGAUAAAAUUUCGAUAUCAUCUCGCAUUUCUAAUUGUAGGGCUGUGAAGUUAUUUAAAUUAGUGAUUAAUGUGAUUAAAUGUAUUACUGUUUUAAUGUGUAUAUUUUUUAAAUGGGAUAAUCGAGAUUUCAUAUCUUUAAAUAUAGAAGUUUCCCUUUUUCCUUAACUUAAAUAUAUAGGAGGAUUAUAUUUGCAACAUGUUUAAAAUUAAAAGCUGCAUUAAACGUUGAAGGUAUAUAUAUAUAUAUAUAUAUAUAUAUAUAUAUAUAUAUACUAUUUUAAGAAUGUUGAGAUUUAAUUUUUUAAUUUUCUUUAUUUACAAUAUUGCCCAGCCCUAAUUGAAAAAUCAGAAAAAGUUAUUUUCUUUUUUUCUUUUUCUUUUUUUUUUAUGGUUAGUGUUUGGAAAGUACAAAGUAAUCUUUUUUUUUUCACACUGCAAAAAUCUAUUUACAAGAACAAAACAUAAAAAAUAUAUAUAUUUAAAAAAUGUUUUGGGAAAGGCAUAAAUUGAAAGCUAAAAAACAGUUCAAGAUAAGUUUGGAUAAACCCAUUUCUUUUGCACUAUACUAAGUGGAAAAGAAUAAAAUUUCAGUUUUACACCCAAUUUUUGAAUUUGAUUUACUUUUAAAUUCAGCCUCAAGUGGUCAGAAAACUGAUAAACAUAACUCUGACCCUCUAAAAUCACAGUACAGGCCACAAGUUUGGAGACACCUUCACUUUUUCAGUGUGUUUUCUUUUAUUUUCAUGACUAUUUACAUUGUAGAUUCUCACUGAAGCAUCAAAACUAUGAAUGAACACAUGUGGAGUUUUAUGUACUUAACAAAAAUGGUGAAAUAACUAAAAAAACAUGUUUUAUAUUCUAGUUUCUUCAAAGUAAGAGCCACCCUUUGCUCUGAUUACUGCUUUGCACACUCUUGGCAUUGACAUUCUCUCAAUGAGCUUCAACUUCAAGAGGUGGCCACCUGAAAUGAAAAGUUUUCCAACAGUCUUGAAGGAAGGAAGGAGUUCCCAGAGGUGUUUUUAGCACUUGUUGCUCCUUUGCCUUCUUCACUCUGUGCUCCAGCUCACCCCAAACCAUCUGGAUUGGGUUCAGGUCCGGUGACUGUGGAGGACAGAUCAUUUUUUUGUUAAGUACAUAAAACUCCACAUGUGUUCAUUCAUAGUUUUGAUGCUUCAGUGAGAAUCUACAAUGUAAAUAGUCAUAAAAAUAAAGAAAACGCAUUGAAAAAGAGAAACUUUUGGCCUGUAUUUGGACUGUAUUUAAUGUUUCCCUCCAUUCCACUCUUCUUUCUCGUCCCCAGAGCAACACUAAUAACACACAUAAGGUUGUAAUAUAAUAGUGUGGAGUAGUAGGAAUCUAAAAUUUAUAAGGGAUUUAUUUAUUCUUUUAUCAAGAGUGUGACCAAGAUGCCAUACGCACAGCUGUCUACAUUCAGGACGUCUCUGAACUAAAGCAUGUUUACACGCUGAAUCCGUGGGUUUGUAUCCUGAGACGAGCCUCUUCCUGCUUCCUGCGGGGGGACAAACCAAGCAAGGGCCAAAUAUCACGUCAGGGAAACGGACACAACCACAAGACACAAUCUGAACCGUGUGAACGCGGGUUCUAGGCCAAUAAGGACGACCUAGACUGUACCGUCUGUGUCGAUGCAGUGAGUAAAUGUUAGGGCUAUGACGAUAUAUUGGUGCAAUGAUUUAUCGUGAUAUUAAAAUGAUGAAGGAUUUUACUGGUA